GUUCCCAAACCAAAUGUAACGUGGCUGAAGAAGAAAGGCAUUUUCCAAAUGGAUUCUUUCUCGGUUUUGAAUGGCUCCUUAUUCCUGAGGAAUGUUUCCUACAGAGAUGCAGGAACAUACAUUUGCAGAGCAACCAAUGCUCUCGGAAAAGCUGAGGCUGCAUCUGUUCUCCACAUAACUGAACCAAGACUUACAGAGAAUAACACUCAAUUAUUGAAGGGAAGCAGAAGAAAGCGUGUCCUGAUGGCAUCUGGGCUUGGUACAAAUGUCACUGUGGUACCUGGAGACACACUGAGAAUAGGGUGCCCGGUGYUGCCCAGGUCCAGAAAUGCCGUGCAGUGGCUCUUUGGGGACAGCCCAAUCGAGGGAGUUGAGUUUCUGGACUACAGAAGCCUGGCUGGGGGCCGUGUCCUAGAGGUGAACACCAGCUCUGCUCAAUUUGCUGGACAAUUCCGAUGUCGGACCUCAGCUAGUGCRAAACUAAUGUCAGUUUGGGUAAAUGUCAAGGAGGAAGGUUUGUUGAAAAUUAUAUGACAAAUUCUUGCAUUUUAAAAUAUCCUCUUUCACUCUGUAAAUGCUUUCCUGAGAACUUUUUCCUGCUCUUCUGCGUUGGAAGUACUUCAGAAAUGGAUGUUUAGCUUCACAUAUGAUUGAAGUCAAUAGACAAUAUCCCUACUCAGAGUUGGCUA